AUGACAUCUAGUGUGCUACAACAGAUCCAAACAUCAGGUAUUUUAUUCGAUGAUAUGCGUCGGCGUUCAUCUUCAAUUAUUCAUGAUGUCCAAGCAUGCACAGCAGAUGAUAGUUUAGAUCAAGCAAGUCAAAGUAAUUUUAACUGCAACUGGGUUAAUUUUAAAGGAGCAUGGAUUAUUCAUAUUGUUGUGAUUUCAUGUCUUAAAAUAUUUUAUAAUGCUUUUCCGGCGGUUUCACAAGAACUUUCAUGGACACUUACAAAUUUAACUUAUAUGCUUAGUUCAUAUAUUAUGUUUCAUUGGGUGAAAGGCAUUCCAUUUGAAUUUAAUUCUGGUGCCUAUGAUAAUUUAACUAUGUGGGAACAAAUGGAUAAUGGUGCACAAUAUACCCCUGCGAAGAAGUAUCUUACUACAGUUCCUAUUAUUCUAUUUCUUUUAAGUACACAUUAUACUCAUUAUGAUUUCUGGAUGUUUUUUAUUAAUCUUUGGGCUCUUACAAUGGUUUUGGUUCCAAAGCUUCCUUCUACACAUAGAAAACGUAUUUUUGGAAUAAAUAAGUUUGAUCUGAAUUAA